AUGCCUUUCCCCCUUGUCGCCACGCUCUCUGCGCUUUUUACUCGUUCACGCAGGACGAUGGGGCGCUAUACCUUGGCCUGGCAUCUUCUGGGUCACACUGGUCCCAUCCACACUGUAUCCAUAUCAGCGGAUGGCCGUUGGCUAGCCAGUGGAGGUAGUGACGGCCUACAUAUGUGGGAUAUGCUUAGGAACACAGAAAUCUUGGCCCUUGAUCCUAACUUCACUCACAACCCGGUGAGCUGCACCACCUGGACAGCUAUCAACGGCAACGUCUUCCUCGUCUUCAGGACCGGGCUUGGCCAUCUCGGGAUCUGUGGGAGAAGCACCCAGCAGGAAACUUUUGAACUUCUUGAGCACCGGCGCAUCGGUAAUGGCAAAGAGAUAGUCGCUGUAGCCUUCGGCCCUACCGACCACUACGCGGCGAAGUUUGUUACCGGUACACGCAACAAACUGAUCCAUGUUUGGAGUCUCCAACACAACAGACAGCUUAUAAGCCUGUUCACCGUCGAGUUGCCCAGGACAGUUCCGAUCGGAUUGUCCUUCGUGGACAACGCGUCGCACGACAUCCGCGUGGUGGGAAUAUGGGACGGGAAAUGCCUUACUCUAUCGGGCACAAAUGGGGUGAUCCUCCUCGGCCAACAAAUAUCGCAUAGAAAGAUAGGGUCGACAGCCGUACACUCAGGGAAGAACACCUUGGUGAUUGACAACGUCAUCAAUGGCUUCAGUCUGUAUAGACUGGACACCCUACUGCCCGUUCGGACUUUCCCAACAGGCGAGCCGUUGACUCGCAAGCCGAAACAAUCCACAUUCGGCGAAGAAGGCAAGGUUAUCGUGGGUGGGAGCGAUCACGGAUGCGUGUACAUCUUCGACCGCAAGACCGGGGCACCGCUCGACGUUUUAAGGCAUUCAUACCAACUGGUGCAAGCAGUAGCUACACACAUCUCCAACGUCGGUACCAACGUGAUUGUUACAGCUUCCAACGACGAGUAUGGUGACCACGCUGUUAGCAUAUGGAUUCACAAGCCGGACGCGCAGGGCACAUGGCUCAACGGCGUGCACAGGGUGAUCCGGGAGAGUGCUCUUCUACUUUGGAAGCUUUUCUGUCAAAUGCUCCUCGGCAUAGCCUUGUACAUCGUCUGGCAGAAUCUUCUGAGGUCGGCAGCGUGGGAAGACCCGAAUGCCUUCAGGAACAUCGCACACAGAUCCCUUCUCUCCACUGUGCUCGACCAACUCCACCGGAUAGCCUCUUUCUAUUCGGUUAUGAGAACGGCGCCGCAGUCCACAGAACAGGUCAGAGCUUGGCACAUGGCAGGCCAGGCACAAAGGAGAUUGGCAACCAACGACAUAGCGAAGAAUAACGCUGAUAUCCCAAUGAUUGACAGUCCUGAGACAGCGCCAGAGGGUCACGGAGAGCUGGAUGAGCUGGAUUAG